UUUGUCUUCGACAGUUCGACUCCUCUCAGUCUUCACCUCUUCGUCUGCAAACUCGGCAUAUCUCUUCGUCUUCAUCACUUCGCCAUUCCAUCGUCACUCGCCAUUCCAUCGUCUUCAUCACUUGAGUUUUUGGGAGGUGGGUGAUUGAAACCCACUGUUUUGCUUCAAAUCCGCCAUUGAAACCCACCUCUUCAACCCCUCCAACCAUUUUAUUCUCUUUCAAGAUGCUUCUAUUUCCAUCUUCUCCCCGUUGAGAAUCACAUCAUUCCCUUCUUGUGCGUGGUUUAUGCCAAUGAUCCUUUUCCCUUAUUGAUUGAUUUAUUUGUGAUGAAGGCGGCAAUUGUUAAUUCCCAAACCCUUGAAGAGGUUGCAAGGUUAGAACAGGUAUGCUUUGUUUUUUGUCUUCUACAGUCCCUCCCUCCUCAAAAGGAAAAUGGAGGAGAAAAAUUAGAGUUGUAUGAGAACUCGUAGUUAUUGAUUUGAGUGUUUUUUUUUUCUAUGUGUUUUGUUUGAUGAUUAUUAGGAUGACUUCAUUCUCGGUAGACGAGACUUCAAAUCAGAGUUGUUCUAGUCCAGUGUUAGGAAAAAGAAAAUCGGUUAAACCACCACCAUCGGCAUGGGAACAUUUUAUAAAAGUAGAAGGAUGUGAUCCUAAAUAUCCUAGGGCUGCUUGUAAACAUUGUGAGGCUUCAUAUGCUUGUGAUUCCAAAAGAAAUGGUACCACUAAUUUAAAAAGACAUUUAAAGAAAUGUAAGAUGUACGUAAAUCCAUUGGAAGAUAAUGUUGAAGGAGAGGGAGAUUCUGAAAGUAGUUUGAUGGCUGCAUCAUUCACUCAAGAAAAUUGUAGAAAGAUGCUUGCUAGGAUGGUUAUCUUGGAUGAAUUGCCAUUUAAGUUCGUAGAAAGUGAAGGGUUUCACCAAUUUUGUCGGGCAUUAAAUCCAAAGUUUGUGAUUCCAUCAAGAGUAACCGUUGCAAAAGAUUGUUUUCAAAUGUAUAUGAAGGAGAAAAAAAAGUUAAAAAAUGCAUUAACUCGAAGUGGCCAAAGAGUUUGUUUAACAACGGAUACGUGGACUUCUGUGCAAAAUAUUAAUUAUAUGGUUAUAACGGCUUAUUUCAUUGAUGAUGAUUGGAACUUGCACAAAAGAAUUUUGAACUUUUGUCAAGUAGCUAAUCAUAAAGGAGAUACCAUAGGUAGAACCAUUGAAAAGUGCUUAGAAUGUUGGGGUAUUGAUACGCUCUUUACUGUAACGGUUGAUAAUUCAAAUGAUGUAGCCAUUGCCUACUUGGUUAAAAAGUUUAAAGGCAGAAAUGGGUUGGUGUUGGAUGGUGAAUUUAUUCACAUUAGAUGUUGUGCCCAUAUUCUUAAUUUAAUUGUUAGUGAUGCCUUAAAAGAUUUGCAUGUGUCUAUCAUUCGAAUCAGAAAUGCUGUGAAGUAUGUUAGGUCAUCUCCUGCUAGAUUGCAAAUAUUUAAAGAUUUUGCUAAAGAAGAUAAGAUGUCAACAAAAAAUUGUCUUACAAUGGAUGUUCCGACACGAUGGAAUUCUACUUUUACUAUGUUGGAUGGAGCAAUUAAGUGUCAAAAGACUUUUGAAAGAUUGGAGGAGCAUGACCCUAGUUAUUUGCCAAAGGAUGAUAUUCCUAUUACUGAAGAUUGGGAUAAUGCAAAAGUGUUUGUAAAGUUCCUAAAGACUUUUUCAGAGGUAACAAUGAAGUUUUCUGCAUCUAUGUCUGUGACUUCAAACAUAUUUUUUCAUGAACUUUGUUUGAUCCAAGAAAUAAUUUGUGAAUACCCAUCGUAUGAGAAUGCAUUAUUGAGUCAAAUGACAUUAAGCAUGCAGACAAAAUUCAACAAGUAUUGGGGUAUAACUACAAGUGAGAAGACCAAUUUAUUAUUGUAUGUUUCCGUAGUUCUUGACCCUAGGUAUAAGCUAGCUUAUGUGAAUUAUUAUUUUAAUGAAUUUUUGGAGGAAGAUUGUGCAAAAAUAUGGACGAAUAAGGUUGAAGAAGCAUUUCGUUGAUUGUGUGAUGAUUAUUAUAUGAGAAUGUCAAAAGAAAAAUAUUCACAAACACAAUCAUGUACACCUAUCGAAGGAUUUGGCUUUCGAAGUCAAAGUAAAAUACCUUCUAUCUCAUUUAGUGGAUCUUAUAAGGCAUGUGCUACUGUUCAUGAUAGAUUUAAACAAAGUAACAAAACAUGUCUAGAUGAUGCUAAAACAGAGGUGACUCGUUAUCUGGAUGAGGCUCGUAUAGAUUGUAUGGGCGAUGAAUAUUUAAAUUUGCUAACUUGGUGGAAGGUGAAUUCCUCUCAAUUUAAGAUCAUUAGCCAAGUAGCUAGGGACAUCUACAGUAUUCCUAUAUCAACUGUGCCUUCUGAGUCCGCCUUUAGCACUGGAGGACGGGUGUUAGAUUCUUUUCGAAGUUCUUAACUCCUCAAACUGCAGAGGCACUCAUUUGUGCUCAGAAUUGGAUUCAGUCUAAACCUUUGGAUGACAUGACUGAAGAAAUUGACGGGGCUGAAGAAAUUGAUGAAGAAUUCAUAAACAUAGGAAAGGAGAUGGAAGCUGCAUUUGAGAAUUUGAAUAAUGACUCUAUGAGUCUUGAAGCUCAGUGAUGGAAGCACUUUGGGUUAUACGAACAAGGUGGUCUCGUGAAGAUGUUCAUUAAUUCAUACCUUCACAAUUGUAAACUCUGAUUUAAAGGGCCAGUAGCUUCUCUACUAUCAACUCUUUAAUCCCGCUAUGUGUGUCCUCAGAAGA